GCUGCCUCUGGCUGCUGUUGCUGCCAGCUUAAACGGCUGCUGGUGGUCACGGCAAGUGCCAGUAAUAAUAAUGUUCGGCUAUUGUGAGCAUCGCAGUAGCAACGGUUUUUUUUUAAUCGAGCAAACGAGUGAACGUGAAGCGUAUAUUUAAAUAAAAAAUUAUAUUCGCGCGUAGAUGACUAAGCCGCAUUCGGGAAUUAACCAAACAUUUUUGGAUAUAAAAAUCUGAAAUACGUUAGGACAACCAGAUUUUAAUACACAAAAUUUUAAAUUCAAACUACAUUACGGGCCCCCUGAAAUGAAAAAAAACUAGUGUUAGUGACAUAUGUUCUUUUUAAUUCGCCAAUAAAACUAUUAUCAUGGUUUGUGGGAAUUUCACAAUACAACGACCCACUCUCCAGCGAUGCAAUUUUUUUGUUGUGCUUUCGUGAUGUACAAUACGACUUUUCCAGCUAAUAUUAAUUAGCAGAUACACGUUGCGUUUCGUUGUGAUUUUCUGAGAAAUCGUUAAAGUCUUCGCAUCGGCUAAAAAAAUAAAGUCGUACAAGCUGCCGCAGCUGUUUCUGAGUGUCUUUUUCGAUAUCAGCGUAUUUCCAACUUCGGUUUGGUGCGCGUGAGUCACACUACGAUGUGUGCUCUGAAAUAUUCAUAACGUCCAAAACAAAGUGCGACAAGUCAACGUCACGCUGCCUGCGCUGUAUCGCUUAAAAAUUGAGUGAAUUAAGCAAAGAGAUUGAACUGUAUUCAUUUAUGUUAAUUUGUCGCUUAAUCAUUUAUUAACUAAUUCGCUGAUUUUACGUAUAUAAAUACCUUAGUAUCUAGAAAUGUAGGCAAACUGUAAUUAAAAAUCAGUGAUCAUUUCAAAGUUUCCGGUAACACUUGGGGAAAAUCCAACAUUUUCGGAAGUUAAAGUGACACUACCAAAUAAAUCUUGAAUAAAUAAGCAACAAGAAACAAACUGAAUCGGGUUGAGUGGGAUUCCCUAAUAUUAUGAAAGGAAUAUUUAUAUUUUUUAGCGGUUGAAUGGAAAAAAGAAACGCCUUUCAAUAAAUGCCCAGUGAAUAAUUUAUGCCAAAACAGUUUUAUUUGAAGCAACUAAAUACAUAAUUCUUGAAAUAUAAACAACAUACUUGUAAAGUGAAUAGUGCAAUCGAAGUGCAACUUCUGCUUACCUUCGGUCCUCAGAAGUCGCAAAGCUGAAGAUAAAAACUACACCGAGUAAUCCCGCCGCCGUCGCUUCCCUUAACGCCGCCCCAUUUCAGCAGCUACCAACCUCAUCACACAACGUCACCCACGCUCAACAAUUUACACCGCCCUCGGCGCAGCUGCAGCCGCAGCUACAGUCACAAGUUGAACAAAACAAUCCCAACGUGGCUGCCGUUGGUUGUCUUCGUUCCAUUUCUUCCGUCACCGUAUAUCCGCAGGCCGCCAAAAUUGCUCCUUAUCAACGGCGAAUGCAUUUGCCCAGCGCAGCUGCUGCGGUGUACAGCGGCGGUUCAACGUCUGGCGGGCUCGGCGGCGGUGGGGGAGUUGGUGGUAUUGGCAUCGGUGUUGGUGUUGGUAUCGGCGAUGCCGUCGGCCACAACGUCAGCGGCCUGAUUGGCACUGGUGCCGCAAUGAUCACAUCAUCUACCUCGCCAAUGGGUUGGUGUGAAGCCGCUUCAGUGCCACAACCGAUUCCACCCAGUAAUGCCAGCGUAGGUAGUAGUUCACCCAUUGGUGGUGCCAGCAAUGGUACGGCGCACAGUAGUAAUAGUAAUACAAAUAGCAGCAGCAACAACAAUCAUGCACACGGUAACAAUAAUCAUAGUAGUAGUAACAAUAAUGCUGGAUAUCAAGAUUUGUGGUGGACGGAAAGAAUGGUGGAUAUGGCCCACGAGAAGUUUCCCAACGAGUUAGUUCGUACCAGCAAUCCAUAUUUCUUGUGCUCUAAAUUACCCCCGCAUUGGCGCUCCAACAAAACGUUGCCCAACUCCUUCAAAGUAGUGGCACUCGUGGAAGUCGGCGACGGCACACUGGUGACGAUACGGGCUGGAAACGACGAGAAUUGCUGCGCUGAACUGAGGAACUGCACGGCGGUGAUGAAGGAUCAUGUGGCCAAGUUUAAUGAUCUGCGCUUUGUGGGACGCAGCGGCAGAGGUAAAAGCUUUACGCUUACAAUCACCGUCAACACCAGCCCAAUACAGGUGGCCACCUAUGCCAAAGCUAUUAAAGUCACCGUUGAUGGGCCGCGUGAGCCGCGAUCCAAGACAAGUAAGUUGGGUAAACCUGUUCGAAAGAGGAUCCCGAUACCUAGACAUUCUCCUUCUCCCACAAUUACUACUACUGUCAGUUCUACCAACACAAACACUUGCCAAACAGCUUCUCGCGAAUUACAAAUAAUGGACUCACAAUCACCAAUCAAACAUUCCCCUCACACACCGCUAUCGCCACUAUUUGAGCAGAGUGAUUGUGGUGAUUCCAUGGCAUAUAACG